AUGGCGAUAUCUCAGGUCCAGCCUUUGCUGCUUCUUCUCCUUGUGUCACUCUUUGUCUUACCUGCUUUGGCCGUCAAGUUCCAGAAGUGCUCUACUGGUAACCAGAGGUUCAUUGAGGUCAAGACUGUGGUGGUCACUCCAGAACGGGUUAAGCGUAGCGGUAGCGGUAGUGCAAACACGCGUUACGAUAACUGGUUAUACAAGAGGGGAUAUAAUGUUGGAAUAACCAUCACCGAGCAGGUUAUGGAAGAUGAGCCAGUUAUGUGCGUCAUGUUCGCUUUUAAGUUCGUAAGAGGUUAUGCGUCUCUGCUUAGCCAAGUUACCGGGUGA